GAGACAAACCCCCAGUGUCCCCAGCCCCUCGGUCCCCUCCCCGGGGUGACUCCCCGCGGUCGCUGCCGGGCUGUGGCGGGGGCAGGAAGCUCCGGUCCCGCCGCCAGCUCGCAGCACACCGGGCCAGCGGCAGCGGGCAGAGGUGCUUUGGCUUCCUGUCCCCUCCCCCGCGUCCCCAGCCCAGUGCCACCACCCCCGUGUCCCCAUCCUGUGUCCCCCGGGCUCUGCCGUCGCAUGGAGGACGAGAACGGCUACUUGAUCUUAGAGCGAGGGGACAAGCGGGGCUCUGCGGGGAGAUGCCCACCCCGGCAGGGUGCAGCGGCAGGAUCUGGCUUUCAAGGAUCCCAGAGGGUCCCCGCAGCAUCCCCCUGCUGUUCCCGCCGCCUCCUCCUGGCCCUGACGGCCGCCCUGGCGCUGUCCCUCGUGCUCUGCCUCUCCUGGUGUGUGGCACAGCAGUGGCCGUCCGAGGGGACCGCGGGUUACGGGAGCGCCGCGCUGGGAAUGGCCCGUUCGGGCUGGGAUGGCAUCCUCCGGGAGAUGCGGAGGGUCCUGUGCCCGCCCCGAGAGAGCCAGGGGUGCCGGCUGUGCGCCGUGGGCUGGAGGCUUAUCGGGGCCAAGUGCUACUGGAUCUCCGACGGGAUGAACCCUUGGAACAGGAGCCGGGAGGACUGCAGGGACCGGGGCUCCGCGCUGCUGCUGCCCUGGGAUCAGGAUGAGCUGGAAUUCCUGAAUGAAAGCCUGCAGAAUCCCACACGGCACUUCUGGAUCGGCCUCUCGGUGCCUGUGGCCGGGACGGGCUGGACGUGGGAGAACGGCUCCGAGCUCGACCAGGACCUGCUCCAGCUGGACCUCGAGAAGGGAUCUGGAUCCUGUGGAACGCUGAAGGGGAAUGGGAUCGUUCCUCAGCGCUGCGACACGAGGCUGCAGUGGAUCUGCCAGAAAGAAUCUGUGGAGAUCUGAGCCUCCACUGCACCCCAAAUCCAGCGUUAGUGCAGGAAAAAUCCCAAUUCCUGCGGAUCUGGCAUCCCCCGGGGAUGGGCAGAGCUGCAGCCAGUGAAAGUCUCCCCGGGGCGGGCGAUGGUGGAGGGAAAUCGAUCUAAAAACCGAAUAAAACCUAAAAAUAACUUGGGGAAUUGCACUUUUGGGGCGAACACUGGGAAGAGGGAUGGAGAAACGUGGCAUUUUAAGGGGUGUUUUGGCGCCGGGAUGAUCCGACAUUCAGCCGGAGGGGUGGAACUUGAGACUGAUGGUCCACAGCGUCCUUGCCCAUGUCCCCUGUGCUCCCCACCAUGCCUGCCUGUGUCCCUCUCGUGUCCCCCGUGUCGGGGGGCACAUUAGAGACGGUCCCCGGGAGUCCAAUCGGGGAGCAAUCCUCGGAUAUUCUCAAUUUUAGGAGGCACCCGCAGCCUCUGAGCCCGUGCUGGCCUGCGCAGAGGACCAAGGACAACCAAGCAGCGAUUAAUUAGCUUAAUAAACGGCUUCUAAUUAGCGGGUAGGAGAAGUGAGGCCACAGGGCUGCUCUUGGAGGUGUUUCCCAGGGCUGGGAAAGCCGGGCUGUGAGCUCUGCAAAACGAUGUGUCCAUUUUCAGAUACGUCUGGAAAUGUAUCAAUUGAUUAAUCCCUUAAAAGUCUUUAAAAUCCCUUAAAUUUUAAUAAAUUUAACCCCAGCCUGUCACCAUUCCCCCGAGCUCUGACUCCGUCCUCACCUUGGCACCACCCCCCAACUCUCACUUGAAGAUACCAACCCACUCCUCCGCCAAAAAAUUACAGAACCUGUCUGAAAAUUAAUUAAACGUUCUUUUCCAGACCCCUCUGGGGGGCCAAACCCGAGGAUUUUCCACCUGCUGCCCUCCCUGGAGCCCAGUCCCGAGGGAUGUUACAUGAGACAGCGCUGCUGCUUUGCUUUUGGGGUGGGGAUUCCCAGUUCGAGGGGUCCCCAACCUUUUUUUGGGGAUUCCCACUUUUUUUUUUCUCGAGGGUCUCCCCACUUUUGGGCGUUUCCCCCCACCUUUUGGAGAGCUCCCCGCACUUGGAGGGGGAUCCCCUCCGUUUCAUUUGAUCCGUUUCAUGGAUCCCUUCCCGAUGUUUCACGCCUCUUCCAGCGGCGCUUUGCUGCCUCCUCAUCUCUCACCUCGAGCAUUCUGAGCUUUCAUUUUUUCCAUUUUAGGGGGCUGAGGGGUUUUAUUUCCCUCUCGCAGUAGCUCCCUGUCCUUUCCCCCGUGGGCAGCAUGCGGGUUUUCCUUCGUCUGGAGAGGAAACCGGAGCAGAGGUGACAACCCCCAGUGUCCCCAGCCCCUCGGUGCCCUCCCCGGGUGGCUCCCCGCGGUCGCUGCCGGGCUGUGGCGGGGGCAGGAAGCUCCGGUCCCGCCGCCAGCUCGCAGCACACCGGGCCAGCGGAGCGGGCAGAGAUGCUCUGGCUUCCUGUCGCCUCCCCCGCGUCCCCAGCCCAGUGCCACCACC